CCAAUGAAAACACACGUUAAAUCUGAUAUUCACUAUAUAAUGAUGAAGCAUCAGUCGGAGAGCCACCUGAAGUGAUCCACAUCCAAAAGGACCAUGAUGAAGCUUCCCUUUGUCUUUGUUUUAGUUCUUGCUGGUGCUGCAUCAGUGGCCAUUGAGAAGAGGAUUGUUGGGAGUCAGGACUGUAACAAGGACAGGCAGUACCACGUCGAGAUAGAGUCUGCCCAGGGGGGGAAGUCCUGUGGAGGUGCUCUGCUCAACACCCGCUGGGUCAUCACUGCUUCCCACUGUGCAGAACAGAAAGUGAUAGUGAAGCUUGGCUUAAACAAUGACGUGUCAGGUUUUACAAAAUUGUGGUCGUCCAUAAAAGGAUCAGGCAAGAAAUAUGAGCAAACCAUUGAAACUGACCAUCAGUUUACCUACAAAAACGAGGAGGGGCGUCCCCACGACAUCAUGCUCAUAAGACUGAAGGAGGAUAUGUCUGCGAGCCUUCCCACCAUCGAGCUUCCUCCUGAUGACUGUACCAAACCAGAUCUUAAAAAGCAGGUGAAGAUUGGAGGCUGGGGAAUCGCGAAAAAAGGCAAAAAACCCGACCAUUUGAAGUGCGCCACCACAGAAAUCAGGCAAUGUGGUGAGAAAGAUAAACCUGAUGAUAAAUACUUCAGUGAUGAGACUACCACCAUGUGUGCAUUUAAAGCUGGAGUAGAGACCUGCUAUGGUGAUGCAGGAUCAGCUGUGGAGUACAACAAUCUCUUAUAUGGGAUUAUUGUAAGCAACCCUGUUGAUACAUGUGCAAAAAACAUUGUAAUGCUCAACAUCUGUAACUACAAGCAGUGGAUUGAUGAAACCAUGCAGGCACAUUCAUGAGUAAACCUCACAGUUUAAUACAGAAAUUGCAAGUAUACUCAAAAUAUCUUUUCAUCCAUUACCACCAGCCAAAUUAGCUGUUUUAUGUUUAGAUACAUUAUUUUAAAGUGGUUUUAGGACCACUGUGUAACCCAGAUCUUUCUUCAAAAUAUGAUUGUUUUCUGUCUGAGUUUCUUCUCUAAAACCAAUUUUUUUUCCAUGAAUUAAAAAAGGUUAUCUCCCAGA